AUGGAAAACCUCAUGGACCUGUACUCCACUGAAGAUGGAUAUAACAGCAGCAACAUUGUUCUUGAAAAACAAGUAUUUAGAUCGAAAGUACCAGAAUCACAUGUUCAACUGGCUUGUAGCCUCCAUUACUGUGCUUUUCCCUUAAAUGGAAAUGAACUUUGUAUUUGGAAUAUGAGUGAUGAUCCCAACCAUCAGCCAUUACGCUUAAUAGGUCAUCACCACUCGAUUACUGCACUGGCAUUUGGGACCAAAGUCAAUCCUCUCCUUCUUUGCUCUGCUUCCCAUGAUUAUGUGAUAGUUUGGAAUCUGGAUGAAUGUACAAAGAAGGUGCUAGAAGGGUUAAUGCCACAAGGUAUUGUGAUAGGAACACUUCUGGGAAUGGUGCUUUAUGUUCGCUUUAGUCCAGAUGAUCAGACUGUGGCAGUAUGUGCUGGUAAUCGAAUCUACGUGCUAAAUGCAAAGGAUGAAGCAAUACUUUCUGAACUGGAAGGCCAUCUAGCACCAGUAACUGCUGCUGAAUUUUGUACUUGGGAGAAAAAUAUACUCAUAUCGAUUUCUGAAGAUAGAAGUUUUAAGGUUUGGGAUUACUGUAUUGGAUUGCUAAUAUAUCAAUCAGCAGUAAUAACAGCGUUUCCUCUUUUAAGUCUCUUUAUUGACGAAGCAAAUAAACAGAUUAUCACUGGAUGUGCAGAUGGACAGCUGUGGAUCUUCAGCUUGAUUAGUGGACAUCAAUAUCGCUGUGUAAUUCAUAUUAAUAUAAAGAAAGAGAGAAAAAAGUUUUACAACAAAAUAACAAAGUUUGAGCAUUUGGAUCAGAAGCAGAAUAUUUCUCAGACAUGUACUGUAAGCAAUAUAGAAGAAGAAGAUGCGGUUGAAACUACCUUUCCAGUCCUUAGAAUUGAACACUGUGAUAACCCAGCAAAUUUUGGUGAUGAAGAAUCUAGAUUUCCUGAUGUGAGUACCCAGUAUUUGUGGAUUGGAAGCUCUACUGGUUUAUUCAUAAUUAACAACGCAAACUUUGAGUUGGAAGCUGCUUUACAUUACAAAGAUUUCACUGGUCUUAGUAUUCAGAUUGCUGGAUCCUGUGCUUUAAGGCGGAAGGCAGUCAAUGGUAAGGUUUUCUGUUUGCUGACUUCUAUGUUGGAGAACAAAAUUGUUUUACUGGAAGUUAACGUUGCUGCUCUGUUGAGAUGCCAGCAGAAUAGUCUCCUUUUAAGUGGAAGGGAGGAAGGCUUUUCUGCUGUUGCAAGAUAUCCUCUUCUUGUGACCUCUCCCUUGUACCCGAAGAAGGAAAAAGCCAAACUUGUAAAUAAAACAGGUACAAAAACCCAAAUAAAAGACAAGCCAUUGGUUUUUCAUAACAAAAUUAAAUCAUCAGGUUAUACAUCAGCACCACACAUGGUCAUGUUUUCCCCAAAUUCAAAAGUAAAGCACAACAGGUUGACAUCGGAAUGCAAGAGAAGUUGGAGACAAAGAAAUAAGGAAGACUAUCCUCUUGGAAAAUCUCCUCCAACUGAAAGUGUGAGGCAAAUUACUGUAACUGAUAAACCAACUGCCAUAUGCUGUAUUCAGCAUGCAGGAAAUGGAGAGUUAUUAGCUUGUGGUUUAGCUGACAGAACUUUGCUGGCAUUCAAAUCAAACCUUAUAGGAGAACCAACUGUUUAUUCAG